GCUCUCUCCAACCUCAACCCCCGACCUGAACGAGGGAGAUCCGCCGUUCUCAAAAUCAUAUCACUCUAUUUGAGGAUCUAAGCGACCUGGGCAUCGAUCAUGUCGAAUUUCGAGCCGAAUGCCGUGAUUCGCGGCGCCCAGCUCACCAUCGUAGGAACUAUUCGUGUCCUGAAAAACCCCGAACUCUUCAAGUAUGACCACUUCCGACAGGCCGCUCUGGCAGUGGCAGUGGGAAUCAUCAUCCAGUUGAUCAUUCAAAUUCCGAUCAUUGGAGUACGAUUUCUCCUCUGGACGACUUCAUUGUUCGUCGACUUACAGAGCGCCUCCUGGGAUGACUCGAUUUUGGAGGGUUUGAACUUCCUGAACCAGUCGGUCCUCCAGGUGCCAUUUUUACUCAUGACGCUGAUGCGUUACGUGACGCCCACCCUGGACGAGAUCUUCAUGCAAUCUCUUCAAUGGGUCGAUACGACCUAUGUCACGAAACACAAAGCGGAAGACCCUUCUACUCUACGUGCCAUGUACUAUCCGCACCUGGUGCAGUACUCCACCAAAGGCGGCACGGGAGUAUCGAAGCCUGUGCCCGAAGCAAUCAUGCUGUUUAUGCGCAGAUACGGACGCAAAGUUGGCAUGAUGUUGGGUGUCUAUCUGCUUUCUCUUGUUCCUAUAAUUGGCCGGUUCGUGAUGCCUGCUGCCUCGUUCUACACCUUUCAGUCGGCGGUCGGGACCACACCGGCUGCGGUGAUCUUCGGAACCGGGCUUGUGCUACCCAAGAGUUUCAUCGUGUCCUUCCUUCACACUUACUUUUCCUCGCGCAGUCUAAUGCGAGAACUGCUGGAACCGUACUUUUGCCGAAUCCGCUUUGCCCCCGAGCAGAAGCGUCGCUGGUUCCUGGAUAGAGAAGGUGUCCUGUUCGGCUUUGCGUUCGCUUUCACCGUUGUCCUAAAAACCCCCUACAUUGGGGUCCUCAUGUACGGCGUGGCUGAAGCAUCCACUGCUUAUUUGAUCACCAAGAUCACAGAUCCCCCGCCGAAUCCCGACCAGAGCGAGGGUUUUGCGGAGAGCCAGGUGACUUGGGCCAACAAGCAUGACUUCCUCCAGCUUUCGCUCGAGAACUUGGACAAGAUCAAUGAGGCAGCUGUUAAGAAGCGUGAGGAGAGGAAGGCGGAUACUCCUGAUCUUACUCCUCGAAAGUUCUAUUAGCGAUUCGGGGGAAUGUUCUGAUAGUCGGGGAAAGGUUCUGAUGAUAAAAUUGUACGAGGCAGCAUCAAGUAUGACAUCAAAUUUCGGGGGCAUUAGCUGAGACUGGUUGCAUGUAUCUUAGCAUCUUGUUUCAUGAAAGGGAAUAGACAUUUAGUUUCAACGCAUAUAAUUCUCCUCAAACGGUGUCUCCACCGGCAUUUACUGGCAGCCACCAAGUCACAUGAGCGGGGUCAUCUCUAUCAAAUGGCGAAGAUAA